UUAUUUCUGUUACACAAAACCAACUUCUCCCUCACUUCUUGCUUUCUCAUUAUAUAUACAUACAUGUAUGUAUGUGUUUACAGUUUAUAUAUAUGCUGUAGAGUUCACUCGCACUCACACACCAAUUGCUCUUGACAAGUAAACACAUCUAAGAAGGGAGGAAAAAUCCGUUCUUGAUUUGAUUUUUUCAGAAAAAUGGGGGAUGUUGUGCACUUUGUGGUUGGAAUUUUUGGAAAUGCCUUUGCUCUGUUUCUUUUCUUGGCUCCAUUGAUUACCUUCAAGAGGAUUGUGAAGAAGAGGUCUACAGAGCAGUUUUCUGGAGUUCCCUAUGUCAUGACUCUGCUCAAUUGCUUACUUUCUGCUUGGUACGGCAUGCCCUUCGUGUCGCCUAACAACCUGCUCGUGUCGACCAUAAAUGGGACGGGGGCAGUGAUUGAAAUAGUAUAUGUGUUGAUCUUCAUCUUGUUUGCUCCAAAGAAGGAGAAAACCAAGAUUCUGGGGCUGUUCACUCUAGUCCUCACGGUCUUCGCUAUGGUUGUUCUCGUUUCCCUCCUCGCCCUCCAUGGCAAUGCCAGGAAGCUCUUCUGUGGCAUUGCUGCCACUGUCUUCUCCAUCAUCAUGUAUGGCUCACCUCUAACAAUCAUUAGGUUGGUGAUCAAGACAAAGAGUGUGGAGUUCAUGCCAUUCUUCUUGUCCUUGUUUGUGUUCUUGUGUGGCACUUCUUGGUUCAUCUUUGGCCUUCUUGGAAAAGACCCUUUUGUUGCUGUUCCGAAUGGUUUUGGGAGCGGAUUGGGGGCGGUGCAGCUGAUCCUGUACGCGAUAUACCGGAAGAACAAAGGGGCGGGCGGGGAGGAGUCGGUGGAGAUGGAGAAGCAGAAGGCCAAACCCCAUCAACAGAAACCAAGUCCAGCACAUGAGCAAGUCUAGGAUUGUAAACAUACCAUACCACUGUUAAAGGCUUUGGUACUAUCAUGUUUAGCUAUGCCAAAAUUUGACAUUGUCUUUUAUCAUUUUCAGUUUGCAUAUUGAUGAAUGAGAGCCUAACAACUUGGCCUUUGGUUUGCUUAA